AUGGAUUCCAUAUUGGAUGGCUUAAACACCGCUCAAAAAACUGCAGUGACCUCACCUGCCCAUAUAUUACAAGUUCUCGCCCCUCCAGGGUCGGGAAAAACCAAAACCUUGACGUCGCGCGUCGCGUAUCUCCUAUCGCAUUAUGGAUACCAGCCGCAAGAUGUCAUUUGUUGCACAUUCACUAUCAAAGCAAGCCGUGAAAUGCGCGAGCGGCUUGCAAGGCUGAUAGGCGAUGAAGUGCAGAGUAAGCUGGUACUGGGGACCUUUCACUCAAUAUGCCGCCGGUACUUGGUGACCUAUGGUUAUCUGAUCGGCCUUCGGAGAGGGUUUGGAAUCGCAGACUCUGGCGACAGCUUAGCAAUCAUCAAAAGAAUACUGAAGCGUCUGCGGUGCAGUAUCCAGCCAAACGCCGCUCGAGCACGCAUAUCUCAUCAGAAGGCGCACGGUAUCAGUCCGGCGGAGGCUGCAGCGAAGUAUUCCAGAGGUGCAGCAAAGUCGACUGAAAAUCACGAGUUCGUCCAAGUCUACCAGGAAUAUGAGAUUUACCUUGCAACGUCCAAUCUGCUCGACUACGACGACCUUCUUCUACGAUGCGCCGAUCUACUGAGACGACAUCCAGAAUGCGUCUCGAACGUCCAGGCGGUCCUUGUCGACGAGUUCCAAGACACCAACCACAUACAGUACGAGUUGAUGAAUCUAUUUGCGUCUCAAAAUCGUCGUAUCACAGUCGUGGGAGAUCCUGACCAGAGCAUUUAUGGGUUCAGAUCUGCGGAGAUCAAGAACCUUGGACGUAUGCAGCAGCGGUAUAAAGAUACAUCCGUGAUUCUAUUGGAGGACAAUUAUCGCUCGUCCGGCUCCAUCCUCAGUUCGGCGCAGGACGUCAUCGAACAGGACUCCUCCCGGCCCGCAAAGAAGUUGCAGCCGACUCAUUGUCUAGGUACUAUGCCUGUGCUUCGGAAAUUGCCAACUGCGGAGGCCGAGGCCCAAUGGAUGGUGCUUGAGAUCAAAAGGUGCAUAGCGAUGACGGGGAAACUGCUUGAUUACUCGGACUUUGCAAUUUUGCUCCGAUCGGCUGCUCUCUCACGUCACAUCGAGUCUGAAAUGGGGAAGCAAGGCGUGCCGUAUAAGAUGGUGGGCGGCCUGCGAUUCUUCGAUAGAAUCGAGAUUAAAGUACUUCUGGACUAUCUGCGAGUCAUCAGCAAUCCGGGGAACAGUGACGCUCUGCUGCGCAUCAUUAACGUCCCAGCGCGGAAAAUCGGCGAGGAAUCCGUUAAGAUGCUGAUGAGCAGUGCAGAGGCGGCGAAAACUACUCUGUGGAAUUUCGUUCGGGAUGUAGCCCAGGGACGCCGGUCGACUGAGAAGAGCUUAUCAAAACCCACUGACCAGGGACUUUGCACCUUGGUCGGGAUCAUUGAGUCUUCCCGAGAAAAGCUACUCGAGUGUACGGACAGCUCUGCACCUCGUAAGCUUCUUGAGUUUGUGAUCAAGAAACUCAACUUCCGAGACUAUCUCACAGCGAUGUACUCCCAGAAUGAGGAGAAUCGGUGGGCAAAUGUCGAAGAGCUGUUGAGUCAAGCUGGUGACGCUUCUAUAGAAGAGUCGGUGAAUGAUCACGAUGACAGUCUACCUGAAAUCCAGGGUCUCACACAACAGGAGGCCCAUCGCGGCGAGGAAUCACUGUCACGGUUCCUGGCGAAUGUAGCAUUGUCGACAGAGAUUGUCUCUGAGGAAGGGGAUCAGCCGCAAGCAAAAGUCACCAUCUCCACUAUUCACGCAGCGAAAGGCCUGGAAUGGCCAGUAGUGUUUGUGCCGGCCGUGUACAAUGGGAUCAUCCCUCAUUCGCGGGCGGAGGAUUCGGACGAAGAAAGACGAUUGCUUUAUGUUGCCAUGACCCGAGCGCAGGCGCUGUUAUACUUGAGUUAUCCGCUAAAGCAAUCCCGCAGCGAGGAAUCGACCACUAGCGUGACCAGUUUUCUUCCGCAGAAAAUUAUCGAGCGACGUUUUCGAUCACUUGGACCGAGUCUGCAGGAGAAGAUUGUCUAUGGGAUCGCUGAUAUCCUACGGCGGCCCAGACCUUCUAUCGAAAGCAUGCUCGCGGCACAUGAAUCACUUCCUUCGCUGCGGGAUGAUCAGUGGACGGCCGAUGGCCAAGAGGCUCCCGAUGCCGUGAUUAGAUGGGAUGGCUCGAGGGCUUUCGGCGAAGAGCCUGACUCUAAGAGGCGGCGACAUAAUCAUGAGCAGUCGUCAACAUCGACCAUCACCACGACCUACAUGUCAUCCUCCACAUACAGCAUGACUAGUUGUCAGUUUCCCGCACCAACAACGAUGUCUCUCGGUUUCUCAACAGCGCGAGAGUAUAUCAACACUGCCCCUGUUCCGGAAGCAGUGCAACCAGCUGGCGUCAAAACCGACAGCAAAACGAAAACCCACGCCGCAGUCGCAGUCGGUCGUAAGGCAGUCGGACUGUCCCAAGGGAACAUUUCGCGAUUCUUCGGGCAGUCCUUGGCAGAAAUCAAGGACUCCAAAGAAUCUGAGCGCAAGACGAAUCGUCAAGCUCAGAUUGGUUCUCGAGGUCUCGCCGGACACCCUGGGCAGGCCUCUUCGUCGAAUUCCGCCUUCAAAAGCGCCAUCCCUGCACGGUUCUCGUCGCAUCGCCCUCAAACACAACGUUUCCGACCGCCUCGGCCGAUGCUCGAGUCCUCGGGUGCCAAUGAAUACAAUUGGCUUGCCACUUCUUCGAGGCGCACGGAGACAGGGCCUCCAUCCGGGGGUCAGGAGAAUCAGGAGGCUCCGAACGUCAAACAGGGAGCAGUUACUGAACAUGGAACUGAUGGCAAUAAGAAGACUUUGGGCCAGACGAGCGACAUACGACCGGUGACCACGUUUCACACCACUACGAUGUCUAUGGUGCAACAAACUGGGCGAAGGACACUGGGGGUUCGUCGCAGCAUGAAUGAUGGGUGGGCAGAUCGAUGGAAAAAGGCAGGCAAUGGGCAGUCAUGA